AGAGUUAAUAACAGAGCAAAGGCUUAAGCUGUAAUGAUGUUAUUACACGUGUGUCAGCCAGUGGCGCCAUCUAGUGGCGGGAAUCGACAUUCAGUGAGAAAAACACCGAGAAAUAAACGCACAAACCUGCUGGAGGCUCACGGCGACAGUUAUAGCAUUCAUUAUUCAUGAGUGUAACGGGUCACGUGACGACAGUAAAUCUAUUGAACACACAUUUAUAGCUGCAGGCUUCAUCAAUUAUUGAUCAGAGAGAUGAUCGAUGCCCCCACAAAUAAACCAGCGGUGUUUCAUCACUGAUGAAGCAUUUUAUGUUUAGACCACAGUAAAAACCGCUCAACGUGACACGAACACGAGAGCGGAACAGGACGCAAACAAGUAACUUUGCGUGGACGCGCAUGUGUUUCUCUAGAAUGGAGCCACGACGACCACCGUGCGUCGCCUGCGUCCCCGGCUGCGUCAUCACGCAGGGAGCGUGUCCCACGUGCAGAUGUUUACGUCCUCCUCGCUGUGACGUCAGCGCCCAGUCGUCGUCGGAUGAGAAACAUUGGCGAUGUUAAAGAUGCGGAUUAGCGCACAAAAGGCCUCGCGGGUGACGCGACGCGCGCAGGUGUGAACGCGCAGCGAUGCGCGCAUCAGCGGACGAGUCGGGUCACAAAAACAGACGCGAAAUCGGUGUUAUUGACGGACGCUGCGCGCGGCCGAGUGUUUUCAUCCGCGUCCGUUAGUCUGGCCUUUCUUCUGCCGAACAGACCGGAUUCCGUUUGAACUCGCUGCGCGUUCGCGUUUCUUUAUCCCGCGAGACACGGGACAUGUCAUUCGCGAUGGAGGACGCGCUGGAGUCCGGAUGGGUGUCGGUGCGACCGAAUGUUUUCGAGGAGAAGGAGAAGCACAAGUUCGUCUUCAUCGUCGCCUGGAACGAGAUCGAAGGAAAGUUCGCCGUCACGUGCCACGACCGAACCGUCCAGAAACGGACCGCCGUGCGGGACUCGCUGCUCGAGGGCGAUCAGACGGCCAGAGAAGGGCCUCCUCCUCCUCUUCCUCCUCCUCCGCCGCCGCCGCCGACGAGGAGCCCGGGUGGCGAGCGAGCCGCCAGGAGCGCGGAGCUGGAGGUGCUGGAGCCCGGCGAUGACGCGCCGCCGGAGGUCCCGGAGGAUCCGGAGCUGGGCGCCCGCGAGGACUUCAGCUGGGCCGGCCUCUUCUCCUUCCAGGACAUGCGCGCCGCUCACCUGCAGCUGUGCGCCGUCAACUCGGACCUGGAGCCGUGUCUGCCCGCCUUCCCCGAGGAGCAGACGGCCGUGUGGUCGGUUCUGUUCGGGGCGCCCGAGUUGAGCGCGCGCGACACCGACGCGCUCUGCUUCCAGCUGCAGGUGUAUCUGGGGCACGCGCUCGACACCUGCGGGUGGAAGAUCCUGUCUCAGAUUCUCUUUCCGGACAGCGACGAUUCCGAGGAGUAUUACGAGAGUCUGAGCGAACUGCGGCAGAAGGGCUACGAGGACGCGCUCCAGAGAGCCAAGAGACACCUGCAGCAGCUGCUGGAGAAGCAGCGCGGCGUGGAGCGGAUGGUGGAGCUGCUGCGGCUGUACGCGGAGCAGGACGAGGCGUAUGGAGAUCUGGUGGAGGCCACGACUGAGCUCUACCACUACCUGCUGCAGCCCUUCAGAGACAUGCGCGAGUUAGCCAUGCUGCGCAGACAGCAGAUCAAGAUCUCACUGGAGACGGAGCAUCUGGGGCCGCGGCGUGUGGAGUCUCUGCGCAGGGAGGAUGAGGACUGGCAGAGGAAGGCUCACACCGCUGUGCUGUCCAUACAGGACCUGACCGUCAAAUACUUCGAGACGACGGCACGCGCUCAGAAAGUGAUGUACGAGCGCAUGCGCGCCGACCAGAGGAAGUUCGGUAAAGCUGCGUGGGGUGCGGCGGUGGAGCGAAUGGAGAAACUCCAGUACGCCGUGUCUAAGGAAACACUGCAGCUGAUGCGUGCCAAAGAGAUCUGCCUGGAACAGAGGAAACACGGACUCAGAGAGGAGAUGCAGGGUCUGCAGGGCGGCGAAGACGCCAUGGUGCGUCUGGAUCAGCUGGAGGCCAUGUACUACGAGCUUCAGCUGCAGCUCUACGAGAUCCAGUUCGAGAUCCUGAAGUACGAGGAGCUGCUGCUGACGGCUCAGCUGCAGAGUCUGCGCAGACAGAUGAGCGAGAGGCAGGAGGAGGUGGUUUAUUACGACACCUACGAGAGUCCUGACGCCAUGAAGGCCACCGACGACCCCUCGACCCCUCUGACCCCCCCUAGAGACGACGUGGCCAAACUACAGCAGAGGACCAGACAGCUGGAGGCCCGCAGAGGACGCAUCACCGCCAAGAAAGCCUACCUCAAACACAAGAAGGAAAUCUGCAUCAUCAAUCACACACAGAAGCUGCAGCAGCGGCAGGGCGGCCCGGACUCCGUUUCCCAGCAAGCUUUGCUGCAGGAUGAAGAGGAGGAAGAGGAGCAGCGUCUGUCCAGAGUCAGUCAGGAGAGACAGAAGACGCUGGACCGACUGCGCAGCUUCAGACAGCGGUACCCGGGUCAGGUGACUCUGAAGUCCACGCGUCUGCGUCUGGCGUACUCCAGGAAGAGGGCGGGCGCGAGGACAGAGCAGCCGCAGACGCAGGCCGCCAGCGUGCAGACGGACGACGCUCCGGCUCCAUUGGAACAUUCGGCGGGAGUGCCGGAGCUCCGCCGGCCCGAGAGCUUCCUGUCGCUGCCUCCGAUGGGCGGCGCCGUGGCCGAGGUCCCGCCUCCCGACGCGCACGCGUCGCUUCCUCCCGCCAGAGAGCUGCUGCUGCUGGACUCGUCCACCUCACCCAUCUCCCCGCCUCCUCCUCCGCCGCCCCCGCCUCCUCCGCCUCCACCCCCUCCCUCUCUGGAGGAGACGCCCGCGGACGGCCCGCCUCAGAGCGCCAGCCCCGUACGGCAGCCGGACGCGGAGUCUCCCCUCGGGCCGUUCACCGCGCGCUUCUUCGACAGCAGUCAGCUGCUCAACGCCAGGAAGAAGCUGAGGAAGACCGCCUCGCUCGAGUCCAACCAGUGGAGGAGAGCGAGCUCGCCGAUGGACGAGGUUCUGGCCAGUCUGAAGCGCGGCAGCUUUCACCUGCGGAAAGCCGAGCUGCGCGUUCUGGCGCCCGAUCCGGACGAGGACGACGGCAACAACAUCCUGGCUCAGAUCCGUAAGGGCGUGAAGCUGCGUAAGGUGCGCAGACAGGAGCGCGCCGGCAAGGGAGCGCCGAUGGAAUCGUCCGACCCUCUGACCCGCAGCAUCCACGAGGCCCUGCGCCGCAUCAAAGAGGCCUCGCCCGAAUCCGAGUCUGAGGACGAGACGCCGCCCUGCACCGACUGGGAGAGCUGAAGCUCCGCCGACACACCGCCAUCAUGACCGUCAUCAGUGUGUGUGUGUGUUUACCUCACAGCAGAUCACUGAAACACAGACCGCUCUCUGAUCAGUGUUUAUUCCACUUACCGCUCAUUCAUUUUUUACUUUUCUUCUCUUCUUUUUGUUACGUAUGAUAGCAGGAGAUUCGAGCGUUUCAGCAGAGACGUGUUUCUCCAUUCAUGUUCUCCUGACACAUCAAACAAACCGACCAGCUCUGAUAUUAAUCAGCACUGUUAUCAGAACCAAACCAAAACACAUUUUUAUUAAAUCAAAAGAAACAACCUAAAAUAAAAUGUCAAUAUUACAUACAUUUAUACUAGAAGAAAAUAAAUGUUGCCUUGGCAAUUAAUUAAAAUAAGUUGAAGUUUAAAACACUAUUAUAAACCAGAAAUACAUAAGAACUAAACUUGAAAUAAAAACAAAUUGAAGCUAAAUAGUACUAUUUAUAAGAAUAAAUUUUAAUAACAAAAGCACAUAGAAAAAUUAUUAUAAAUAAACUCAAAUGUUUUUUUUAAAGAUUACUAAAAAUGAUUCAAAUUAAAACAAAAACUAAAAUAUAAAAUAAAAUCUAAUUCUGAAUAUUAUUAAAAAACUACAAAUGUGACCCUGGAGCACAAACCCAGUCAUAAGUAGCGAUAGCCAACAAUACACUGUAUGGGUCGAAAUUAUAGAUUUUUCUUUUAUGCCAAAAAUUAUUAGGAAAUUAAAUAAAGAUCAUGUUCCAUGAAGAUAUUUAGUACAUUUUCUACCUUAAAUUUAUCAAUGUGUAAUUUUUGAUUAGUAAUAUGCAUUGCUAAGAACUUCAUUUGCACAACUUUAAAGGUGAUUUUCUCAAUAUUUUGAUUUUUUUGCACCCUCAGAUUCCAGAUGUUCAUAUAGCUGUGUCUCGGCCAAACAUUGUCCUAUCAUAACAACCCACACAGCAACGGAAAGCUCGUUUACGCAGCGUUGACUGGUUUUGUGGUGCAGGGUCACAUGUAUGUACACACACACACAGCAAAAUAUGUUGUAAGAUCAUUUUGCUGAUGUUCUAAUUAAAUUAUUAAAAUGUUACUUCUGAAUACUUAAAACAUCCACUUUUUCUUAACAUUAAGGAAACAUUCCAUUGUAUCACGUUGCAAACAUUGUAGUUACAUUUGAAUGUUACAUAUGAACAUUCUGAAACAAGUAGCAACAUUUAAAAGUAACUUCCGUUUGAACUGUUUCACAGAAAGUUUUAAGAACAAUGCAGAAAUAACGUUUGAGAAUAUUAUUAAAGACCAGGUAACUGAUCAAACAUUCUAACAACAUUCAAACAACAGCGUUUGCUCAGAACUUUGAGAACCUUCCCAGAACAUGAGCAGGGGAAAUGACCUGGCUGUGAGACUCAUUAGCAGAGACAAUCAUUUAAAACACGCCGUCAAACUGACGCACUUGCGGAGAUCAGCGUUCAUGAGAACAUGAGUGAGCGUGAGGAGCGUCACCUGAAUCGUCUUGAUUUUGAAGCGUUUCUCCGGGUUUUCUCUGAAUGAACUCACGUUACUAGCGAUCGAUUCACCGAGUCGUUUGUUCGCGUCUGUGACUCUGUGGACGUCUGAACGUCCGGCACUGAACCACCCGACAGGCCCGCGGUCUGAGCUCUGACCGUCACGUGACCCGCGUUUACCCACGAUGCCGUGCGGCGCGUCUGUAGCGACGACGGACUCUGUACGCGGCACCGCAGUGUAAUCUGUCAUGUUUUCAUCACGUGUACUGUAUUUAGCUUUUGAUAUUCUUUGUUUGAAUCAUAUUAAUUGUUCUGUAUGUUCUAUGCAUUCUUACGUCAUCAGUCGAACCGAUUCUGAAACACUACAGUCGCGAGCGACCGCGAGACGUGAAAAUCAGCCGCGCGCUCCACACGUGCAAUAUUAUGUUAGAAACUGAAAACAGACCUUCUGAUGUAUAAUAACGCGCAGAUCCAUCGCAUGUUUGCCUACAGGACGCCUGUAUUUAUUAAGUUUAACUAAAUAUUUAAAUAUGUAAAGCAAUAUCAUACAAUGUACAAUGAUUUUUUUGAACGCCAGUUUUGCUUUUACUCUGCUUUUCCAAACAUUGUACUCCUAAUAGUUAUUUUGAAUUUGCAUUUUGCCCCUUACGUAAAUAAAGUUUCAAAACAAAUCCUCCUGUUGGUUCUUUACGGUGUGGAUGACACUCACCAUCAUCAUCAUCAUCAUCAUCAUCAUCAUCAUCAGAUUGAGCCGCGCUGACACCGUCUGACCGCUGGGUGGCAUCAGCAGAUCAUCACUGUCAGGACAGCAGCUGAAGGCGGAGCUACAGGCAUCAGUGGGCGUGUCUGAUCCUGCACGCAGAUGACAUCACAAUCGGCCCUCAUGAAUAUUCAUCUACUGCUGAACAGCCUGAAAUAUUUCAUUCUA